AGCGGAUUGUGUACCGAGUAUAUUCAUUUGCACACCGUCCGAUACAUCGUGUUACAGUUUGAAACUUCUUUUGGACACAUUUAUGCAGAGAAUAGUUUUUUCGUAAAAUACUGUUAAGUUUUAUUGUUUACAUCGGAACGCCGUUAUUUAUUUUAGUAGUGUAUACUGUGUUGCGCAUUCAAAGAGUUGCAAAUACUUAGCUGGUAAUUCAUAAUGGCAGCGACGUGGUGCUCUGCAAUAGUGACUUUACUUGCUGUCGGCCAAGGUCUUGGAAGACCGGAACCACCUGUAACUGGUUUCGGAAGUAGUGGCGGAAAUUUACAAUUGGAUAGCUAUGCGGCGCCUAUAAGUGGCGGUAGCAGCGGUUCGUAUCCAAGCGGAGGACCACCACCAAUGUAUGGUCCACCUGUAUUGAUGCAAGCACCAGUUAUACAUAAACAUGUGUACGUUCAUGUACCACCCCCAGAGCCCACGACCUAUGUACCCAAAAGGCCAGUGCAACCACCACAACCACCACAGAAACACUACAAAAUCGUAUUCAUCAAGGCACCAACUCCACCAACUCCCACUGCACCUGAAAUACCACCAUUACCACCGGCAGUCGAACAAAAAACACUCAUCUACGUGUUAGUUAAGAAACCCGAAGAACAACCUGAAAUCCAUAUUCCCACCCCGGCUCCAACACAACCGUCCAAACCAGAAGUAUACUUUAUCAGAUACAAGACACAGAAACAAGAAGGAUAUCCAAAUUCUGUCGCUAAUUCCGAAUACGGACCACCAGCUAGUCCAUCACCGUCGAUAGGACCAUCAGAAAGUUACGGUUCACCAUCGCCAUCUACCGGAUAUGGCGCACCUUCCGGACCGGGAAGCGGAAAUCUAUUUUAAAAACUAGAAACCGAAUCGUCCGAAGUACGCGAAGAAUAAAUAAAUUCAAAAAUCGUCAAUAAUCUUUAUAUAAAUCUUACCAAAAACAUAAAUUUUAUGUAACACGAUGACACUAAAUAAACCUUUAUAAAGUAUAAUAAAAAAAAAAA